CCCGCGGAACCCGCGCUCCAGAGCACCCGGUUGGCCAGGCCCAGAGUGGGCCCGAGGCGGACGUGAGCAGGGUCGGACCAAGAUGGCGGUGCAGGUGGUACAGGCGGUACAGGCGGUUCAUCUCGAGUCGGAUGCUUUCCUAGUUUGUCUCAACCACGCUCUAAGCACAGAGAAGGAGGAGGUGAUGGGACUGUGUAUAGGGGAGUUGAAUGAUGACACAAGGAGUGACUCCAAAUUUACAUAUACCGGAACUGAAAUACGCACAGUUGCUGAAAAGGUUGACACCGUCAGAAUUGUUCACAUUCAUUCUGUCAUCAUCUUGCGACGUUCUGAUAAGAGGAAGGAUCGAGUGGAAAUUUCUCCAGAGCAGUUGUCUGCAGCCUCAACAGAGGCAGAGAGGUUGGCUGAACUAACAGGUCGCCCUAUGAGAGUUGUGGGCUGGUAUCAUUCCCAUCCUCAUAUAACUGUUUGGCCUUCACAUGUUGAUGUCCGCACGCAAGCCAUGUACCAGAUGAUGGAUCAAGGCUUUGUAGGACUUAUUUUUUCCUGUUUCAUAGAGGAUAAAAACACAAAGACUGGCCGAGUACUCUACACUUGCUUUCAGUCUAUACAGGCCCAAAAGAGCUCAGAGUCCCCCCAUGGUCCACGAGACUUCUGGAGUUCCAGCCAGCACAUCUCCAUUGAGGGCCAGAAGGAAGAGGAAAGGUAUGAGAGGAUUGAAAUCCCAAUCCAUAUUGUGCCUCAUGUGACCAUUGGGAAAGUAUGCCUUGAAUCAGCAGUUGAGCUGCCCAAGAUCCUGUGCCAAGAGGAGCAGGAUGCAUAUAGGAGGAUCCACAGCCUUACACAUCUGGACUCAGUAACCAAGAUCCAUAAUGGCUCAGUAUUUACCAAGAAUCUGUGCAGUCAAAUGUCAGCAGUCAGCGGGCCUCUCCUACAAUGGUUGGAGGACAGACUGGAACAAAACCAACAGCAUUUGCAGGAGUUGCAACAAGAAAAGGAAGAGCUUAUGCAAGAACUUUCUUCUCUAGAAUAAACAAUGGGGGAAAACGAAAAUAUCCAGGUAUAAAAUUAAUUACGCUAAAUCAAUUUUGGAGAAGUUGGAAGACUCACAUUACCUGACUUCAAGACUUCCCAUAAAGCUGCAGUAAUCAAGACAGUGUGGUUUAUGCCCAACUAAUUUUGACAAAGGUGUAAAAGCAUUUCAAUGGAGUAAGGAUAGACAGUCUUUCCAACAAAUUAUGCUGGAGCAAUUGAUACCCAUAGGCAAAAAAAUGAACUUUGACCUAAACUGCACGCCUUAGACAGAAAUUAACUCAAAAUAUAUUAUGGACUUAGAUGUAAGAUUUAAAACUUCUGGGGAAAAAAAACAUAGAAAAAUCAGCAGGAUCUUGGGCUAGGCAACAAGCUCUUGGCCUUCACUUCAAAAGCACAGUCCUUAAAAGGAAAACAAUAUACUAGACUUCAUCAAAAUGAAAAACUUUUGCUCUGUAAAAAUUUAAGAGGAGGAAAUCAUCGAGGGAAGUUAUCUGCAAACCAUAUGUCUGAUCAAUCUAGACUAUAUAAAGUCAACAAUAAGAAAACCAUCCAAUUGAAAAUGAGCAAAAGACAUGAAUAGACAUUUCACUAAAGAGGAUAUAUGGAUGGCAAGUAAGCACAUGAAAAUUUGAUGUUGAACUUCAGCAGUCAUCAGGGAAUGCAUAUUAAAACCACAAUGAAUUAUGAUUACAUACUUAUCAGAAUGGCUAAAGAAAAAGUAGUGGAAAUACCAGACACUGUUGAGCAUACAGACUGGAUCUCUCAUACAUUACUUAUAGGAAUGUUAAAUGGUACAGCUACUCUAUAAAAGAGUUUGGGAAUUUCUAAUAAAAAACAUCCAUGUAUCAUA